AUGGCAGGUAUUGGUUGUGUUUCUUCUUCUUCUUCAGGUUUGAAAUUGAAGCAGAGCAAAGAAUCGAUGUUUCAGUACAAUGGGCUCAAAGCAGUUGAAACUUUGCAAUUUAAAUUACAUAAUCUUUUGUCCUCUGCAGCAAAAUGCAGAGGAGUAAAGACGAUGGCUUCUCAGACAAUUUCGUCUCCAAAGAGAGAAACCGAUCCGAAGAAAAGGAUAGUCAUAACAGGAAUGGGCCUAGUUUCGGUUUUUGGCAACGACAUUGACACAUUCUACAAUAAAUUGCUCGACGGAGUAAGUGGAAUCACACCUAUAGAUAGAUUUGAUGCUUCGGAAUAUUCCGUGAGGUUCGGAGGGCAGAUUCGUGAUUUCACUUCGAAGGGCUACAUUGAUGGCAAAAACGAUCGCCGCUUAGAUGAUUGUUGGAGAUAUUGUUUGGUUGCGGGUAGACGAGCACUCGAUGAUGCUAGUCUUGGCAAAGAAGUUCUUGAUACCAUGGACAAAACGAGAAUCGGAGUGUUGGUAGGAUCCGGAAUGGGAGGCAUUACAUCGUUUAGCAACGGAGUCGAAGCCCUAAUACAAAAGGGCUACAAAAAAAUGAGUCCCUUUUUCAUCCCUUAUUCGAUCACCAACAUGGGGUCCGCUCUUCUAGCAAUCGACACCGGCUUAAUGGGGCCCAAUUACUCCAUCUCAACCGCUUGCGCCACCGCAAAUUACUGCUUCUCUUCCGCGGCCAAUCACAUUCGAAGGGGCGAUGCCGAUAUUAUGGUGGCCGGUGGCACCGAGGCGGCGGUCACCGCCACCGGAGUCGGCGGUUUUAUAGCUUGCAGAGCUUUGUCUCAAAGAAACGACGAACCUCAAAAGGCGUCGAGGCCAUGGGAUAAAAAUCGGGACGGUUUUGUUAUCGGUGAAGGCGCCGGUGUAUUGAUUAUGGAAAGCUUAGAGCACGCCAUGAAAAGAGGAGCGAACAUCGUUGCAGAGUACUUGGGAGGUGCAACGACGUGCGACGCUCAUCACAUGACGGAUCCUCGUUCCGACGGGCUCGGAGUUUCCUCUUGCAUUCUCAAGAGUUUAGAAGAUGCGGGGGUCUCCCCCGAAGAGGUCAACUACGUAAAUGCUCAUGCCACAUCAACGCUUGCCGGAGAUUUGGCCGAGGUUAAUGCCAUCAAGAAAGUCUUCAAAAAUACCUCCGAGAUCAAGAUGAACGGUACCAAGUCGAUGAUCGGACACGGACUCGGAGCGGCCGGUGGGCUCGAAGCGAUAGCUACGAUAAAAGCAAUCAACACUGGCUGGUUACAUCCAACAAUCAAUCAAUAUGACUUGGAAACCGAUGUCGAUAUCGACACCGUCCCGAACGUAAAGAAACAACACGAGAUAAACGUCGCGAUAUCUAACUCGUUUGGAUUCGGUGGGCACAACUCCGUGGUCGUCUUCGCACCAUUUAAGCCGUAAUUAUAUAUUUUCUUCAAAUGCAAGUUUCAAGAUUUAUAUGACGAAGAACGAGAAGAAAUUUCCUCGAGGCCAUUUUUUUUUCCGGGUAAAAUCGUACAUGCAACCGAUGAUAAGAGCACGUACAUUCGUAAUCGAUUCAAUGAAUAAGAUUAUUGUAAUAAUUAAAAUGUUUAUUUUCAUUGCAAUAAUAUUUUAUUUUAUUUUACAGAGAAAAAGGCAAAUUAUUAAAGCAUAAAUAUUUUGCUUUUCGUCACGGUCUUGUGACACAAGCAAAAUCUAAUUUACAAAUAAAUAAUGAAUUUAAGCAUCAUAGUACGAAUACUAUGUUAUAUAAUACAAGCUGCAAACGUCACUUGGCUCGUCAUCAUCACUCUCAGAUUUCAAUUUGGGCAAAUUGCACUUCACCCCCUAAAAAAUACCUGUUUCGCACUUUCCC